CCUGGGCGCCGAGGGCAGCGGCGGCGGCACCGAGCGGAGCGGCUGGACGCGGCGCCCGAGAGGGGCGGAGUGAGGCGCGGGCGCGGGCCGCGUCCAUGGGCCUGCGGCGGGCGGGCGGCGGCCGUGCGGGCGGGCGGCGGGGACCGCGCGCGCUGUGAGGCCCGGGCGCGGCGUCGAGCGGGGGCGGCCGCCGGAGCGGCCCGCUGAGGGCCGGCGGGGCGUGCGGCGGCGCCCGCGCUGAGCCGGCCGAGCCGCCCGCCGUGCAUGGUGCCGCCGCCCGCCUGCGCCGCCCGCCGUCCGCCGCGAGCGCCGGCCGGGCCUGCGGGCCUGCGCCGCCGCCGCGCCGACCAUGUCGGCGGCCAAGGAGAACCCGUGCCGGAAAUUCCAGGCCAACAUCUUCAACAAGAGCAAGUGUCAGAACUGCUUCAAGCCCCGCGAGUCGCAUCUGCUCAACGACGAGGACCUGACGCAGGCAAAACCCAUUUAUGGUGGCUGGCUGCUCCUGGCUCCAGAUGGGACCGACUUUGACAACCCAGUGCAUCGGUCUCGGAAAUGGCAGCGGCGGUUCUUCAUCCUCUACGAGCACGGCCUCUUGCGCUAUGCCCUGGACGAGAUGCCCACAACCCUCCCCCAGGGCACCAUCAAUAUGAACCAGUGCACAGACGUGGUGGACGGGGAGGGCCGGACGGGCCAGAAGUUCUCCCUGUGCAUUCUGACCCCUGAGAAGGAGCAUUUCAUCCGGGCAGAGACCAAGGAGAUCAUCAGCGGGUGGCUGGAGAUGCUCAUGGUCUAUCCCAGGACCAACAAGCAGAAUCAGAAGAAGAAGCGGAAAGUCGAGCCCCCCACACCACAGGAGCCAGGGCCAGCCAAGAUGGCUGUCACCAGCAGCAGCAGCAUCCCCAGUGCUGAGAAAGUCCCCACCACCAAGUCUACACUCUGGCAGGAAGAAAUGAGGGCCAAGGACCAGCCAGAUGGCAGCAGCCCGAGUCCAGCUCAGAGUCCCAGCCAGAGCCAGCCUCCUGCCAGUGCCCUGAGGGAACCUGGGCUGGAGAGCAAAGAUGAGGAGGGCACCAUGAGCAGCGACCGCAUGGACUGUGGCCGCAAAGUCCGGGUGGAGAGCGGCUACUUCUCCCUGGAGAAGACCAAACAGGACUCGAAGGCCGAGGAGCAGCAGCUGCCCCCACCGCUCUCCCCUCCCAGCCCCAGCACCCCCAACAACAGGUAUAGUGGCCCCGGACCGCCCUCCCAGGAGCUUGGUCAUCCCCUUCCUUCCUCAGGUCCUCGACCCCCCAGCCGAAUGGUCUGCAGCAGCUCCCUCGGCUCCCUGGAUGCAGCCAGCCGGCCCCCUGCCCACAUGGACUCUGGCAGCGCUGGGGGGCAGGGAGCAGAGAGACCGGGGCGCACUUUUGCCUUUAAAGCCAGCAGGCAGUAUGCCGCCCUGGCCGACGUCCCUAAGGCCAUCAGGAUCAGCCACAGAGAAGCCUUCCAGGUGGAGAGAAGGCGGCUGGAGCGUAGGACUCGGGCCCGGAGCCCUGGCAGGGAGGAGGUGGCCCGUCUCUUUGGCAACGAGCGGAGGAGGUCCCAGGUAAUUGAGAAAUUUGAGGCCUUAGACAUUGAGAAGGCAGAGCACAUGGAGACCACCUUGUCAGCUGGGCCCUCGCCAUCAAGCGACACUCGCCAGGGCCGCAGUGAGAAGAGGGCAUUCCCCAGGAAGCGGGACCUCCCCAGUGAAGCCCCCACAGCUCCUCUCCCGGACGCCUCGGCCUCCCCCCUGUCUCCACACCGAAGAGCCAAGUCACUGGACAGGAGGUCCACGGAGUCCUCCCUGACGCCCGACCUGCUGAAUUUUAAGAAAGGCUGGCUGACCAAGCAGUACGAGGAUGGCCAGUGGAAGAAGCACUGGUUUGUCCUUGCUGAUCAAAGCCUGAGAUACUACAGGGAUUCGGUGGCUGAGGAGGCAGCUGACUUGGACGGGGAAAUUGACUUGUCUACGUGUUACGAUGUCACAGAGUAUCCAGUCCAGAGAAAUUAUGGCUUUCAGAUACAUACAAAAGAGGGCGAGUUCACCCUCUCUGCCAUGACAUCUGGAAUCCGGCGGAAUUGGAUCCAGACCAUCAUGAAGCAUGUCCACCCGACCUCUGCCCCAGACGUGACAAGCUCACUGCCGGAGGAGAAGAACCGGAGCAGCUCCUCCUAUGAGGCCUGCCCGAGGCUGAGCGACAAGCAGGACGGGGAGCACGGGGAGCCGGAUGCGGAGCAGAAGAGGAGCCGCGCUCGGGAGCGGAGGCGGGAGGGGCGCUCCAAGACCUUCGACUGGGCCGAGUUCCGCCCCAUCCAGCAGGCCCUGGCUCAGGAGAAGGCCAGCGCCACCGGGCCCUCCGACACCCGCCCUGAGGCAGAGCCUGGCGAGCUGGAGCGGGAGCGCGCCAGGCGGCGGGAAGAACGCCGCAAGCGCUUUGGGAUGCUCGACGCCGUGGAUGGGUCGGGCGCCGACGACGCGGCCCUGAGGAUGGAGGUCGACCGGAGCCCGGGGCUGCCCCCAGCCGCCGACCUCAAGACGCAGAACGUCCACGUGGAGAUCGAGCAGCGAUGGCAUCAGGUGGAGACCACCCCUCUCCGGGAAGAAAAGCAGGUGCCCAUUGCCCCCCUGCACCUGUCCUCUUCUGAGGACGGAAGUGACCGGCUCUCCACUCACGAGCUGACCUCUCUGCUGGAGAAGGAGUUGGAGCAGAGCCAGAAGGAGGCUUCGGACCUUCUGGAGCAGAACCGGCUCCUGCAAGACCAGCUGAGGGUGGCUCUGGGCCGGGAGCAGAGUGCCCGGGAGGGCUACGUGCUGCAGACUGAAGUGGCCACCUCCCCAUCCGGUGCCUGGCAGAGGCUCCAUAGAGUCAACCAAGAUCUCCAAAGUGAGCUGGAGGCCCAGUGCCAGCGCCAGGAGCUGAUCACGCAGCAGAUCCAGUCCCUGAAGCGUAGCUAUGGGGAGGCCAAGGAUGCGAUCCGGCACCACGAGGCCGAGAUCCGGAGCCUCCAGGCGAGGCUCAGCAACGCCGCUGCCGAGCUCACCAUCAAGGAGCAGGCGCUGGCCAAGCUCAAGGGCGACCUGAGGCUGGAGAAGGACAAGGUCCGUGAGCAGCUGGAGGAGUGGCAGCACAGUGAGGCGGCGCUGAGCGGGCAGCUGCAGGCCAGCGAGCAGAAGCUCAAGAGCGCGGAGGCCCUGCUGCUGGAGAAGACGCAGGAGCUGCGGGACCUGGAGAUGCAGCAGGCGCUGCAGAGGGACCGGCAGAAGGAGGUGCAGAGGCUGCAGGAGCGCAUCGCCGACCUCAGCCAGCAGCUCAGCGCCAGUGAGCAGGCCCAGAGGCUGAUGGAGGAGAAGCUGCAGAGGAACUAUGAGCUGCUGCUCGAGAGCUGUGAGAAGGAGAAGCAGGUGCUGCUGCGGAACCUGAAGGAGGUGGAGGACAAGGCCAGCGCCUACGAGGACCAGCUCCAGGACCACGAGCAGCAGCUGGAGGUCCUCCAGAAGGAGAAGCUGAGCGCCAAGUGUGAGGGCAGCGAGGUAGUGCGCCGGCUGGAGGAGCGGCUGGAGAUGAAGGAGGCCAGCAUCCAGAAGCUGGCCGAGCACGUCCAGAGCCUCAGGGACGAGCGGGACCUGAUUAGGCAGCGGUUCCAGGAGCUGAGGGAUCGCGUGGCCCUGUCUGACGGGGACCUUGCCGAGCUUCAGGAGAAGCUGAGGGGAAGAGAGGCAGACUACCAGAGCUUGGAGCACUCCUACAGGAGGGUGGCCAGCCAGCUCCAGAGCAUGCACACGCUGCUGAAAGACAAGGAGGAAGAGCUGAAGCACAUCAAGGAAGUGCAUGAGAAAGUUCUGGAGAAGAAAGAUCAGGACCUCAAUGAGGCUUUGGUUAAAAUGGUUGCCUUGGGGAGCAGCUUAGAGGAAACAGAAAUGAAGCUCCAGGCAAAGGAAGAGAUUUUAAGAACAUUUGCAAAGGUGUCUUCAGAGGACGCAGAGGAGCCUCGGAGCUCCCUGGAAGAAGCAGAGGAGGCUGGCUUCGCGCUCUCAGGCCCACAGCUCCCUGCCACGGGCGCUUCCCCAGGUUUACCACACUCGGUGCUUGAGGAGGAGGACCCGGGGGCUGCCCCAGGAGAGGAAUGUGGCGACAGCAGCCCCCAGAGGGAAGACGGCGUGGUGCCCCUGAAGUCUGAAGUGCCUGACGGGGAGGGGCACCUGCAGAGCACGGCAAAACCCGACCCAGGAGUACCCGGUGUUAAAAGGCAAAGAAUCCGGUUCUCCACAAUCCAGUGCCAAAAGUACACCCACCCCGAUGGGUCCGAGAAGACCUGGACCAGCAGCACGUCUUCUGACACCAGUCAGGACCGGUCGCCCUCGGAGGAAAGCAUGUCCUCAGAGGCCACCCCCAGCUCACUCCCUGCGACCAGCGACUCUGACACCUACCUCUCCAUAAUACACUCCCUGGAGACCAAACUCUACAUCACGGAGGAGAAGCUCAAAGACGUGACAGUGAAGCUGGAGAGCCAGCAGGGCCAGAGCCAGGAGGCCCUGCUUGCGCUGCACCAGCAGUGGGCCAGCACUGAGGCCCGGCUGCGCGAGCAGCUCCAUGCUAGCCUGCUCCAGGUCGGAGCACUGGCCUCCCAGCUGGAGCAGGAAAGACAGGCGAGGGCGAAGGUAGUGGAAGAUCACGUCGGGGAGCUUGGUGACUUCCAGGUAAAAAACAGUCAGGCCCUAGCCUGCUUAGAAAACUGCCGAGAACAGCUCCGAUCUUUGCCGGGGGCCAGCCAGGAGGAAGUGCAGGAUGUAGGAGCGAGCCCCCUGGCUAGCGUGGAGAGCGCGCUGGCCAGCGCCAUCCAGGCCCUGCACCACUGGCCAGCUCCUACAGACAGUGGGGCCCACGCUCAGCUAGAGGAGGGAAGUUUCUUGGAGAGAGGGAAGGCGACUUCGCAGCAGCCACCACACCAGCCUGAACUGACCGAGGAGGAGCAGCUGAAGCUCCUUUCUGAUCAAAUAGCUUUGGAAGCCUCACUGAUCAAUCAAAUAGCAGACUCUUUAAAAAACACAACAUCAGAUAUCUCACGCAUUCUCCACGAGAUUGCUCAGUCAGGAAAGUUGCCACUGGAGUCUGAGAGUGCUGCCAUCUGUCCUGGGGCCCCAGCAGACACCUGGGCUAAGAAGGUGCUGGUAGAUGGCGAGUUCUGGAGCCAGGUUGAGUCCCUGAGUAAGCACCUGGGGACCCUUGCAGGAGAGGCAACUGGUGCAUCAGGAGGGGGGCAGAGGAGCAUCCCACAGGCCCUGGUCCCCGCCCUCGCAGACGCCACGUGGGUCAGGGCAGAGCUCAGUUUCGCUGUGCAGUCGGUGAGGGAGUCCUUCCAGCGAAGGUUGCAGAGCGUCCAGGAGACCCUCCGGGGGACCCGGACAGCCCUGCAGCAGCACAAGUGCAUGCUGGGGGAAAUCCUUGGGGCCUACCGCACCCCUGACUUUGAGAGAGUGAUGCAGCAGGUCUCAGAAGCCCUCGAGUUCCCAGCGGGCGUUGAAGAUGGUGCACAGGCGUCCUGGGACUUGAGCCUGUUAGGAGAAAUGCUGAGUCGUCAGGACGCAGCUGGCACCCAGGAGCCCUUUCACUUGUCCGACCAGAGCCCUGGGGCCCUUGUUGCUAUUCAGGAGGAACUCGCCCUGCAGCUUAAAGAUAAGGCCAGCCUCUUAGGGGAGAUAUCUGCGGCUUUAACCUCACUUCCCCCUGUGGAGUCGGUAAGAGAUUGUCAGAAGCUUCUCCAGGCAUCCCGGAAUCUCUCCUAUAACACUUGUUUGGGAGGCCUCGGUCAGUAUUCUUCGUUACUAGUUCAAGAUGCAAUUAUUCAGGCUCAGGUGUGUUAUGCAGCCUGCAAAAUCCGGCUGGAGUAUGAAAAGGAGCGCCAGUGCUACCAGGAGUCCCGGCAGAGCAGGGCUGCCUCCUGCCAGGAGCACCAGCAAGCUGCUGGGGCCCUGAGGGAGCAGUACGAGGAACUGCUGCGGAAGCAGAAGAGCGAGUACCUGGAGGUGAUUGCCAUCGUUGAAAGGCAAAACGCAGAGCUCAAGGCCAAGGUCACGCAGCUGGACCAUCAGCAGAAGUGCCUGGAAGAAGUGGAAAGCAAACACAGCGAGAACAUAUUUGCCCUGCAAGGGAGGUAUGAGGAGGAGAUCAGGUGUGUGGUGGAGCAGUUGAACAGAGCAGAGAACACGCUGCAGGCCGAGCACAGCAGAGUCCUGAGCCAGCUAGAUGCCUCCGUCAGAGACAGGCAGGACAUGGAGAGGCACCACGUGGAGCAGAUGCAGACCCUGGAGGACAAGUUCCAACUCAAGAUCAAAGAGCUGCAGACAAUCCACGAGGAAGAGCUGAGGACCUUGCAGGAGCACUACUCACAGAGCCUGCAGUGCCUACAGGAGGCCCUCCGCUGCUGCCAGACGCAGCACCCGGAAGCCCUGCCUGCCCCUAGCCCUCCGAGCAGCCCUCACCAGCCCAGAGGUGCUCUGCAGGCGGUUGCGGGGGAGGCCGAGGCCAUGACGGGGCUGAGAGAGCGCAUCCAGGAGCUGGAGGCCCAGAUGGACGUCAUGCGGGAGGAGCUGGAGCACAAGGACCUGGAGGGCAGUGCGGCCACGCUGCGGGAGAAGUACCAGAAAGACUUUGAGAACCUGAAGGCCACAUGCGAGCGAGGGUUUGCGGCGAUGGAAGAAACGCACCAGAAGAAGAUUGAAGACCUGCAGAGGCAGCACCAGCGGGAACUGGAGAAACUGCGGGAGGAGAAGGACCGCCUCCUGGCCGAGGAGACCGCGGCCACCAUCUCAGCCAUCGAAGCCAUGAAGAACGCCCACCGGGAGGAGAUGGAGCGUGAGUUGGAGAAGAGCCAGCGGUCCCAGAUCAGCAGCAUCAACUCAGAUGUGGAGGCCCUGCGGAGGCAGUACCUGGAGGAGCUGCAGUCGGUGCAGCGGGAGCUGGAGGUGCUCUCGGAGCAGUACUCGCAGAAGUGCCUGGAGAACGCCCACCUGGCCCAGGCGCUGGAGGCCGAGCGGCAGGCCCUGCGGCAGUGCCAGCGCGAGAACCAGGAGCUCAACGCCCACAAUCAGGAGCUGAACAACCGCCUGGCUGCGGAGAUCGCACGGUUACGGACACUGCUGACCGGGGACGCCGGCGGGGAGGCCAUUGGCUCACCUCUCACGCAGGGCAAGGACGCCUAUGAGCUAGAGGUCUUAUUGCGGGUCAAGGAAUCAGAAAUACAGUACCUAAAACAGGAGAUCAGCUCCCUCAAGGAUGAGCUACAGACAGCAUUGCGGGACAAGAAGUACGCUAGUGACAAGUACAAAGACAUCUACACGGAGCUCAGCAUUGUGAGGGCGAAGGCCGACUGUGACAUCAGCAGGCUGAAAGAGCAGCUGAAAGCAGCCACAGAAGCCCUGGGUGAAAAAUCCCCCGAAAACACUCCUGUGUCAGGAUAUGAUAUAAUGAAAUCUAAAAGCAACCCUGACUUCUUGAAGAAAGACAGAUCCUGUGUCAGCCGGCAACUCAGAAACAUCAGGUCCAAGAGUCUGAAGGAAGGCCUGACGGUGCAAGAACGCUUGAAGCUCUUUGAACCCAGGGACUUGAAGAAAGACUAGCUGUGCCCGCCAACUUGAACCACACCCUUCCCAGCUUGCAGCAGCACAACCCAAGCGCUGCUCUUUGUCUGUACCUUUAUUAUUAUUAUUAUUACUAUUGUUAUCAUUGUCCGCAUUAACUGUGGGUAUGGAUGCAUGAGAGACUGGUUGAUGGGUUGUUCACACCAUUCCCUGCUGUGUUGAUUCUGACUUCCUCUUGUGUUUAUCAAAGCUUUUUUUCCAUGGUAUUCUAAAAUCAGCCAAGCAGUGGGGGCCGGGAGGGCCGUCAGCGCCGGCCGGUCAGGUGCGUUAGAAUCCCUUCCCGCCGCAGUCCACCGCACUCACCGUCAGUAUUAAGGCCAGCCGCCUGUCGAUAAGCUAGCUCUGUCUCGAGAGUGCACUGGAGUCGGGCCGGGCGGGUCACGUGGAGAGAACAAGCCACCAGGACGAGGUUCUGCCUGCACCACAGCACUGAGAACUCGCUAGCCUGCGGGAGGAGGAGGGGGCAGGUCAGGGAGCGUGGUUUAUAACCCUGAGUGACCCCUUUUGGCUCUGGAGAAGGACAGCGUUUUGUAUUGUUCCACUAACACAGCUCAGAACCACACCCAGAUAAUCAUGGUAACCCUUUCACAACCUGGAAAAUGUUGAAAGCAGCCAUUCCUAUUUUUGUUUAUUUUUUAUUAAAUCUUGCACAAAA